CGGUUCAAGCUUUGCCUAUAGAAUGGGAAAACAAGAAAUGACACCAACGGCUGCAAACAAGAUUCUAUGUGGUGUUCUGGCCUGUGUUGUUGGGCUGAUAUCAUUUGUCUCGUCAAUACGCAUUGAAACUUCGUCAGAAGCUACUGGUGUUGGAGAACAACGACUGAGGUGUUUUGCGAACACUAGUUUCCGAUUUCAUUUUUCUGAUGAAAAUAACAAUACUAUGGAGAUUGUAGAAUGCGCAACUCCACCCAGUACAGAUUGCAAUCCGUUGAAUACAACAUUUACGAAUAAGUAUAAUAUAACGUCUACGCCAGAUGGCGGCUUGUUAACCAUAAUGAAUUGUAACAAGAACGAUUACGGAACAUAUACAUGUGUCAAUAAUCUAGAUCCAUCAGAGAGGAGUAACAGUAUCAAGUUAGUGUGCAAAGAUCCAUCAGAGAGUGAAGGUACCAAGUUAGUAAACAUAGACACUAGCGGGAGCAAUUCAAAUGAUACUGGAAAAUACUUAAUAAUGACUAUCUUAAUUCUGCGUUUUAUUUAAGAAAUAAUAUUUUUCUAUUUUGGUUUGUUGUCGAAUAACCCACAGUAAGGUACGGUGGCACUAAGGUAACAUCACCGCUCCAAAAAAAAAGUCGGGAAAAUACAAGUUAUGUUUUCCCGUCGCCAAAAAAAAAUUAACUCUGGAAAACACAAA